UAAAAAUACAAAUAGGAAACCCAAAUCCUACUCCAAGUAGAGGAUUUAAAGUAUAAAACAAUGGACCAGCAAUGUUUUCUUUCACUUUCUCAAUCUAAAUUUCUACUCUACCUUUCAUCCCAAGGUACCAAUGGCGCUCUGCAAUUCAAGCCAUCACUACAGGAUUUACGUUUCUGCACAGCCAAACAAUGUUUACAAAGAUGAUCAAUCUUUGGGAUUUCCUCUGAUCACGUUCAAGUGCAACAUCAAGAUGAGUUACAUAUCAGAUCAACGGGACAAAUCCAUUCAAAUCCAUAUUCAAGGCCACGAUUCUUGGCACGAAUUUGAGCAUAAUCCAGCCAAUGAGCUGACAAGGGAUUUUAUAUCUAAUAUGCUUGCCAACACCAGGAUAAUCCCAUUCUCGUUGAGAAAUUUGCAUUGGAAAAAACGGGUUUAUGACAAAGAAUCUGUCCCCUUAAUGUCAACAGAUGGUGUUAUAACCUCCAUGUUGGAUGUUUGUCAUAACAUGGUCCGUGAAUCAAGACGCCAGAAAAUGUUUCUACUUGUGUUUAUCAAGAAAGAAGUGAUUGUGCCCCACGCUGAAUAUCUGGCAAUGCUCAAGGCGAAGCAAGCAGAAGAAAUUCUUCACCAGGUUGAAGAUAUGGUUCGGUUGCAGGCUCAAGGCUGGAGCUUCCAACAAGCAGAUUGGGAAAACAUGGGUAACGUUAUAAGACAAGCGGGACUCGGUAAUUCGAUAAGGAACGCUUUGGAUUUAGCCAGGGAACGUGCUAUAUGGGAGUCGAGUGAACAACAAGUGGUUAGGUUGGUGCCUGCAGCAGCAACAUCGGUUCAAGUCUUGAAAAAGGUGACCUGUGGUUCAGAAGAGAAGUGUUCAGUGUGUUUGGAGGAGAUGUUAACUGGUUCUCAAGUUACUCAGAUGCCUUGCUCCCACGUGUUCCAUGGAGAUUGCAUUGUUCAGUGGUUGAAGACAAGUCAUAUGUGUCCGGUGUGCCGGUUCAAGUUGCCAACAACAUAGUUUGUUUUUUUCUCUUCUGAAUGUUUAAAAUUUGUUUCUAUAUUGACAUUAGAAGGUAUC